AUGUCAGCAGAAGAAGUCUUCACCACAACGCUGGGCAAGUCCGAGUAUGCGCCGGCGUUUGCGCCCUUCUUUGGGUUCGCCGGCUGCGCCUUUGCAGUGGUGUUCUCGUGUCUCGGAGCAGCCAUCGGGACAGCCAAGUCGGGCAUCGGGAUCUCCGGUAUCGGCACGUUCAAGCCCGAGUUGAUCAUGCGGUCGUUGAUCCCCGUGGUGAUGAGCGGCAUCCUCUCCGUGUACGGGUUGGUCGUGGCGGUGCUCAUUGCGGGCGGACUAGCGCCGGACGGAAACUACACGCUCUUCAACGGGUUCAUGCACAUGAGCUGCGGCCUCAGCGUCGGCUUGGCGUGUCUCGCCAGCGGGUACUCGAUCGGCAUUGUCGGCGACGAGGGCGUGAGACAGUUCAUGCACCAGCCACGGCUCUUUGUCGGGAUCGUGCUCAUCCUCAUCUUCGCCGAGGUGUUGGGCUUGUACGGCAUGAUCAUCGGCUUGAUCCUCAACACCAAGGGCAGCGCCUAG